ACCUCUCGUCCUCCGAUUUCUCUCCGUUCCGAGACCAAAAUCGCUUCUUCACCAUCGGCUUCUUCUCUCUCUUCUCGGCGGAUGUUCGCCGUGUUACCGGAAUCAGCCGGUUUGAGAAUCCGUCUUUCUCUUUCUCCGGCUUCGUUGACCUCGAUUCAUCAUCAUCCUAGGGUUUCUCGAUUACGAAGAGCUAUCGUCUGUGAAGCUCAGGAAACUACUACCGAUAUUCCAGUGGUCAAUGACUCAACAUGGGACUCUCUAGUUCUUAAGGCAGAUGGGCCUGUAUUGGUCGACUUUUGGGCACCAUGGUGUGGACCUUGCAAGAUGAUUGACCCGCUCGUGAAUGAUCUAGCACAACAGUACACCGGGAAGAUCAAGUUCUACAAACUAAACACUGAUGAAUCUCCUUCAACCCCAAGCAAGUACGGAGUUAGAAGCAUCCCAACGAUCAUGAUCUUUGUCAAUGGAGAGAAGAAGGAUACAAUCAUAGGUGCAGUGCCCAAAACCACACUCACAUCUAGCAUUGACAAGUUCUUGCAAUGAAAUUUCACUGUGAGUCUGUAAGAUCUCUAUCUUUCUCUCUCUCGCUCUCGUUCUCAUUAUCUCUGUAACUCAGCUUUCUUUAUAGCUUAUCUGUUUCUUCUACUGUAUCUUUCUUCAUCACUGAACAUCUAGACCUGGAUAAAUAAUAUGGUGUCAUGUCUUUAUGUGAUUUUUUACCGCUGGUUUGAAGAUGUUUUGAGAUGCGGAACUAAAGAAAUCAAAGAUCAAUCUUGGA